AAAGCCCACAAACUCUGGUGCCUCGCCGCCCAAUCCUACAGCCGCUUGAUGAUUCCUGCAAGUGUCUGCAUGGCCUCAUCUGCAUACUUUCUUUUCCUCCUCCACCUCUUUGCCUUCGCCAACGUUGCCCCUGCAAGCGGACAUGUAUAUGCUGCACCCAAAGAGAAGAUGACCCACUUGCACUUCUACUUCCACGAGAUCUACGGCGGCCCCAACACGACCACCAUCACCGUCGUCAACCCUCCCGGCAACAACUCGUUCAACAACUUCGGGAGCAUCGGGGUGGGCGACAACAUGCUUAGGGAAGGGCCCAACCCGAGCUCCAAGCUCAUCGGGAGAGCGCAGGAGCUGGCCGUUCAGGCGUCCUUGGAGAGCCCGGCCUACCUCUCCGCGUUCAACUUCGUGUUCACCGCCGGGGAGUACAACGGCAGCAGCAUCUCCAUCUUCGGCCGGGCGGUGCUCACAGAGACGAUGGAGCGGGGUAUCAUCGGAGGGACCGGCAAGUUCCGAAUGGCCCGGGGCUACACCAUUAGUAGGCUCAUCAGGAGAACUGGGACUACCGAAAUCGUGCUUGUGGUGGAGUACGAUGCAUACAUCUUUCACUACUGAGCAGCUGU